CAGACGGACCCAAUUUUUCUCAAAAAUCCCAACCCUUUUAUCUCACCGGAGGCGCCAAAAAUCCAUCAGACAAAAAAAAAAGAAAAAAAAAGAAGCCGAUACGAAUCGAAACCAGAGAGAGAGAGAGAGAGAGGUGGAGCUAGAGCUUCAGAGGAAGCUUUAUGCUGGACUACCAGAUUAGCAAAACCAUGGAGCUCCAGAACACCGUGAAAGAAGCCCUAAACGCACUCUACCACCACCCCGACGACGGCGUUCGGAUGCAAGCCGAUCGCUUUCUACAGGACUUUCAGCGAACCCUAGACGCCUGGCAGGUUGCCGAUAACUUGCUUCAUGACUCGACUAGCAAUCUAGAAACUUUGAUAUUUUGCUCCCAGACCCUUAGAAGCAAGGUACAACGAGAUUUUGAAGAACUACCUUCUGAAGCUUUUCGCCCAUUGCGCGAUUCCUUAAAUAACUUAUUGAGAGAGUUCCAUAAGGGUCCCCCUAAAGUCAGAACUCAGAUUAGCAUUGCUGUUGCUGCUUUAGCUGUACACGUUCCUGCUGAAGAUUGGGGAGAUGGUGGUAUAGUGAACUGGCUUCGGGAUGAGAUGAAUUCGCAUCCAGAAUAUAUACCUGGAUUUUUAGAGUUACUAACAGUUUUGCCUGAGGAAGUAUUCAACUACAAGAUAGCAGCUCGCCCAGAAAGACGUCGCCAAUUUGAGAAAGAGCUUACUUCUCAAAUGGAGAUUGCUCUUAACAUCUUGACAGCUUGUUUGAAUAUCAAUGAGCUCAAGGAGCAGGUUCUUGAGGCAUUUGCUUCUUGGCUUCGGCUGAAGCAUGGGAUCCCUGGAUCUUUGCUUGCAUCUCACCCAUUGGUGCUCACAGCUCUCUCCAGCUUGAAUUCUGAACUCCUUUCAGAAGCAGCUGUAAAUGUUAUUUCUGAGUUGAUACACUAUACGACAUCUAGAGAAUCUGGUGGUGUGCAAGUUCAAAUGCCUUUAAUUCAAGUCAUUGUUCCCCAAGUGAUGAAUCUCAAGGCACAACUUAGAGACUCUUCCAAGGAUGAAGAAGAUGUGAAGGCUAUUGCUCGAUUAUUUGCUGACAUGGGGGAUUCAUAUGUUGACCUGAUUGCAACUGGUUCUGAUGAAUCAAAGUUGAUUGUACAAGCAUUAUUGGAAGUUGCUGCACACCCGGAAUAUUAUAUAGCUUCCAUGACAUUCAAUUUUUGGCAUAGUCUUCAGGUGACCUUGACAAGAAGGGAUUCUUAUAUCUCGUUGGUUAAUGAAUCCACCAUUGAAUCUGAGAAAAAUAGAAGACUGCAUAUAUUCCGCCCUGCUUACGAGUCACUCGUGUCCUUAGUUAGCUUCCGAAUUCAAUAUCCUCGAGAUUAUCAAGACCUGUCAUAUGAGGACCUUAAGGAGUUCAAGCAGACUAGAUAUGCUGUUGCGGAUGUCUUAAUUGACGCAGCAUCAGUUUUAGGAGGCGAUGCCGCACUGAGAAUUCUUUACAUGAAACUUGAUGAGGCCGCAGCCUGCUGUCAGAAUGAAGAAAGUGAAUGGCGCCCAGCAGAAGCUGCUUUAUUUGGCAUCCGGGCUAUAUCAAAUUAUGUAUCAGUAGUUGAAGCUGAAGUAAUGCCUAAGGUCAUGGGCAGACUUCUAAAACUACCUCAGCAUCCCCAACUACUUCAGACAGUCUGCUUAACAAUAGGAGCUUAUUCAAAAUGGCUUGAUGCGGCAUCUGGUGGACUCUCCAUACUGCCUUCAGUUAUAGAUGUCCUCAUGAGUGGCCUUGCUAAAUCUGAAGAUUCUGCAGCAGCUGCAGCUUUGGCAUUUCGGCAGAUCUGUGAUGAUUGCCGGUUAAAGCUCUGUGGAUGUUUGGAAGGCCUUUUCCAUAUAUAUCACAGGGCAGUGAAUGGUGAAGGUACUUUGAAAGUUUGUGCUGAGGAUUCAUUGCAUCUAGUCGAAGCCUUAAGCAAGGUUAUUAGUGAACUUCCCCCAGACCAAGCUAAGAGGGCGCUGGAGGCCUUGUGUUUGCCAGUCGUUAGUCCUUUACAGGAAGUUCUUAGCCAAGCGCCAGAGAUGCUAAAUAACAGGCCUGCUCGUGAUUUCACAGUUCAUAUUGAUCGGUUUGGGUACAUCUUUAGAUAUGUAACCCAUGCAGAAGCUGUGGCAGAUGCAAUCCAGAGGCUUUGGCCCAUUUUCAAAGCCAUCUUUGAUCUUCGUGCUUGGGACAUGCGGACAAUGGAGUCUAUUUGCCGAGCUUGCAAAUACGCUGUGAGAACUUCUGGAAGGUGCAUGGGAACGACAAUUGGAGAAAUGCUAGAGAAGAUUCAAGAAUUAUAUAAACAGCAUCACCAACCAUGCUUCCUUUAUCUCUCUAGUGAAGUUAUAAAGAUAUUUGGCUCAGACCCGUCAUGUGCUGAUUAUUUGAAAAAUUUGAUUGAAUCACUCUUUCAGCACACAACACGUAUUCUCACGAGCAUUCAAGAAUUUACUUCCAGACCAGAUAUAGCAGAUGAUUGCUUUCUGCUCGCAUCGAGAUGCAUCCGUUAUUGUGCGCACUUGUUUAUUCCUUCUGCAGCAUUUCCAGCAUUAGUAGAUUGCUCAUUGUUUGGCAUUACAGUUCAACACAGGGAGGCGUCAAAUUCGAUAUUGACCUUCUUAUCAGAUAUCUUUGAUCAUGCAAACUCUACCGAGGGGGCAAAAUACUUACCCAUCAGGGAUGCUGUAAUUAUUCCUCGAGGAUCCAGCAUGACAAGAGUUUUGAUUGCUGCAUUAACAGGAGCAAUUCCAAGCUCUCGCCUAGAAAAUGUAACUUACACACUGCUAUCACUAUCUCGAACAUACGGAGCACAGUCGGUGGAGUGGGCCAGGGAGAGUGUUUCAUUAAUUCCUUUGACGGCUGUGAGAGAGGUUGAGCGUGCAAGAUUCUUGCAAGCAUUGUCAGAUGCUGCAGCUGGGGUUAAUGUCAAUGCCCUUUCAGUUCCACUCGAGGAGCUAUCAGAUGUUUGCCGGCGUAACCGUACAGUCAUGGAGAUCGUUCAAGGAGCUUUGAGGCCUGCAUGAAUUGAACAUAGCAGCUGUAUCAUAAUUGAGAGAGGAAUGUGUCAUCAUAGAGGGGCCAUUUUGCUUAGGCCUCCCCGUCGGUAAAAUGAGUUUUAUCUGUGCGUGAAUUUGUUUUCAUAUUUUUGUGCAUUUACUUUGAUUCUCCACUUUUUAAGGAGAAUCAAUGCCCUUUACAAAAGGGUGGGAGGGACAGAAGAAUCGUGGUAUCUGUAUUUGAGUGGUUUCCUUGGCGUUGUCAUUUUUGGGGUUAAGAUGACAUGGUAUAGAGCUGUAGAUUAAUACAAGGAAAGAAAAGGUAGCAUUCUUUAGGAGAGAGUAUUCCAUCCUUUCAUGUUAUUGAAAUAUUGGAAGCUGUGGAUAGUGGGUUUAGUUAGUGGUUGUACAAAUUGAUUACUGAAAGCGUUGUCAAUUUGAUUCUUAUAUUGUAAUAGAAAUAUUUCGGUUGGUUU